GGACUCGUUCCUGCCGCAGUAGGAACCCAGGUCCAGGUGAAGAUUCCUUAUCCAAACACUGAGGAUAAUUGAAGACAUCCAUAUACUCUCUGUAGUUCAAAGAUGGCGCAAGAUCAACAUUUAGAUAAGUCGGCAAAGACCCAAUCUUCAGGAGAAAAGAAAUCUAAGUGCUGCGAUGGAUUCAAGAUGUUUUUGGUAGCCCUGUGCCUGAGCUAUAUUUGCAAGGCCCUGGGCGGAGUGGUGAUGAAAAGUUCCAUUAUUCAAAUAGAAAGGAGAUUUGAAAUAUCCUCUUCUGUUGUUGGAUUAAUUGAUGGAAGCUUUGAAAUGGGAAACUUGCUAGUGAUUGUAUUUGUAAGUUACUUUGGAUCCAAACUGCACAGGCCAAAGAUAAUUGGAAUCGGUUGUUUCAUCAUGGGAAUUGGAAGUAUUCUUACUGCUUUACCACAUUUCUUGAUGGGAUAUUACAGGUAUUCCAAAGACUUCUCUACUAAUACAUCAAGCAACUUAACGUCAAGUUUAACGGUCUGUGUCCCUGACCAAGAUGUGUUACUUAAUAGAACCUCAAGUACCAUGGUAGGAAAAGGUCAUGAAAAGGAAUCUGGGUCAUACAUGUGGGUAUUUGUUCUACUGGGCAACAUGCUUCGAGGAAUUGGAGAAACCCCCAUAGGACCUUUGGGGAUUUCUUACAUGGAUGAUUUUGCUCAAGAAGGACAGUCUUCUUUUUAUUUAGGUAUUUUGAAUGGAGUUGCAAUGAUUGGUCCUAUUAUUGGCUUUUUGAUGGGAUCUCUGUUUUUUAGAAUAUAUGUGGAUGUUGGAUAUGUAGAUCUGAGCACGAUAAGAAUAACUCCCAAGGACUCUCGUUGGGUUGGCGCUUGGUGGCUUGGUUUCCUUGUGUCGGGAAUGUUGUCUAUCAUUUCUUCCAUACCGUUCUUUUUCCUGCCCAAAAGUCUGCAUAAGCAGCAAGAAAGAAAAACUUCACUAUCUUUGCAUCAACUCAAAACAAGCGAGGAAAAGCAUCAAACAGCCGAUUCAAUAAACAGCUCUCAAGAAAAUGUUACUGCAGAUCUGGCUGAUUUUUUCCAGUCCUUGAAAAGCAUCCUGACAAAUCCUCUUUAUGUUUUAUUAUUGUUGUCCACAUUGCUACAUGUGAGCGCUUUUAUUGGCAUUGUUACUUACGUGAUUAAAUUCUUAGAACAACAAUAUGGUCAAUCAGCAUCUGAAGCAAACACUGUGAUUGGAGCCAUAAGCUUACCAACUGUUGCAGCUGGGAUUUUUCUAGGAGGAUAUAUCAUUAAAAGAUUCAAAUUUACCUUGCUUGGAAGCGCCAAAUUUGCAUUUUUUACCACCAGUGUAGCCUUCAUAUUCUACCUAUCAAACUUUGCACUGAUCUGUGAAAAAAAAUCAAUUGCUGGUCUCACCUUGACCUAUGAUGGAAAUAAUCCAGUGGCUUCUCAUAUAAAUGUACCACUUUCUUAUUGCAACUCAGACUGCAAUUGCGAUGAAAGUCAGUGGGAACCGUUAUGUGGGAACAAUGGAAUAACGUAUAUCUCACCUUGUCUGGCAGGAUGUAAGUCUUCAAGUGGCAAUGCAAAGUGGACAGUACUUCAUAACUGUAGUUGUAUAGAAGAAGAUGGUUUUAAAAAUAGGAAUACCUCGGCACGUUUGGGAGAAUGUCCACGAGAUUAUCAGUGUAAAAGAAAAUUUUAUUUCUAUAUAGCAGUUCAAUGUUUGGUCCACUUUUUCUCUUCAUUGGGACACAUCUCAAUGCUCAUGAUGAUUUUUAAAAAUGUUCAGCCUGAAUUGAAGUCUCUGGCAGUGGGUUUCCAAUCGCUCAUUGUAAGAGUGCUAGGAGGGAUUCCAGCGCCCAUAUACUAUGGGAUUCUGAUUGAUAAGUCUUGUUUGAAGUGGUCUAUCAAUCAUCAGGGGAAGCAGGGAACUUGCAGGAUCUAUAACUCUACAGUUAAUGGAUAUUCCUUCCUGGGAUUGACUGCGAUCUUAAAAUUCUUAGCACUUAUUUUCUAUUUUCUAUUCAUUUCUGCCAUGAAGAAAAAAUAUAAAGGAGAAGGGGCCAAGGGAUUAGAAAAUGGGAAGAAAGUCAUAAAUGAAGCAAACUUGGAUUCCUUAGAAAAGGAUGGACAUUUGCUUCCUGCCCUCAAAGCAGACCAGGAGACGAAUAUGUAAGGGAGGAAAUGAACCUCCAUCUCUCUCUUCCAGCCCCAUUUUCGUAAUUCGGUAGGAUGUUAGUGUAUGAGCAAUUCUGAAUCCUUCAGAAAACCGAACUACUUCUAGAUACAGAGUAAUAAAACAAAUUGAUGAAAAGUAAGUGACCACUCAUUGUUAGAGGCUGCCUCUACAUUUGUGGCUAAAAGUAAACUAUAUGAUUCAUAUAAAUUUAAGGUGAGCGUCAUAGACAGCAUGAAGUAAAAGGAAAAAGUUGUUGCUUAACUAUUAAAACUCUUUAAAAAAAUAGUGGCUAGAAAACAGAGGUGAAGAGAGAAGUGAAAGCAGUAGCCUAAAUAAGGAGUUAUGACUGAUACAUAUUUUUUCAACCAGCUUGAAAAAACCUGAAAGCAGCUUGAUGAAGAAUGUAUGCUAUAGCAACUCUUACUGUUCGUGCUUUUUCGGGUAUUUCACAGACACAAUAAAUUUAUAACUAAAAUUGUGGUUGGCAGCAUCCCCUGGUUUAUCUUCAUCCCAUCCGCUAUUUUCAAACUAGGCCAAGAGAGGUAGCACAGCAGGUAAGGUACUUGCCUUGCAUGCCGUCAGCCCGGGCUUGAUCCCUGGCCUGCAGAUUGUGGGCUUCCUGAGCACUGCCACAAGUGACUCCUGAGCACAGGAGCUGGUUUGGGGGGACAGCUGCAUAUGGCCCAAUAACUAAAACUAAAAUAAAAUAAUAAAAUAUUGCUGAAAAAUACAAAUAACUGAAAAAUUGCAAGCUAUAACUAUGAAGCGAUAUACUUCAUACAUAUUUUUUGAUAGACUUGUGGGAAUGGAUUAAGAAAGAAUUCUGAAAUGAAGUUUUUUAAAAUAUGUAAAUUUUAUGUAUCUGAACAAGGAUUAAUAUACAAGAACUGACCAAGAGCUCAUAUUUGCCAGUCAAGAAUUCACAGAAAUGUAAAAUAAUGUCAAAAGGAAGACAGGGAAGUAGGAGAAGAACAAGGUUUUACCAAGGAAAAUACACCGGUAGCAACAGACAUAUGCCAAAUACUCAUCACUGAUAACCAGGGAGCAGCUUAUCAAAAUAACAAGGAGCUCUCACCUCUCACUUAUAAGACUAGUCUGUAUCAAAGCAACUAAAACAAUCAGUGUCAUUAACUAUUGGUAAGUGAUAAUGUAAAUACAUCUAGCUUCUAUGGAAAACAGCAGAGAAAUUUCUCAAAAAAUUAAAAAUGGGGCUACCAUAUGAUCCCACAAUACUACUCAUGGAUAACUAUCCAAAGAACACAAAACCACUCAUUUAAAAAAGAUAUGUGCAUACCUACUUUUGUUCAGGUGUUGUUUAAACACACAAAGAAAUACUAAUCAGCUCCUAGAAAAGAUAAAAAUAUGCGCUUGGCUAUAACAUGGGAAAAACUGGAGGGGCCCAUGCUAGGUGAAAUAAGUCAGAAGGAUCCGAAGGAGAAAGACAAAUAAGAUCUCACUCAGAUGUGGUAAAUGAAGCAAGGAAGGAGAUAGUAUCCUAUGAAAACAAGAGUCCAGACUGUGAUCACAGAACUGAGGUGACCAAGCUCUGUGGGAGGCCCCUAGUGGACAGGGCAGGUCCUAGGGUGAGUGGUGGAGAGAUAUUGGCACUUUGUCAUGGACAUGAGCGAGUGGUAAAACCAUGCGCAUUCUUGUCAAUGUGUGUUCUUGUAAAACAAUGUUACCUCAAUUAAAAACUUAAUUGAAAAGAAAAUAAAAGAUGUCUCUUGUUAUUGAAUGUAAUCAAAGUAGAGAGAGAGUAAGGUGGAAAUCGUCUGCCACACAGGUAGAGGGAGGGUGUGGGAUGGGGGGAUACUGGGGUUUUGGGUGGUGGAAAAUGUGCACUGGUGAAGGGUCGGAUGUUUCAUCAUUGUGUGACGGAGACUUAAACCAAAAACUUUGUAACUGCUCUCGCGGUGUUUCAAUAAGAUAAUAAUAAUAACCAUUAUUGUUACUAAUAUUUUAUUAUUAAAUUAUUGAUAAGUAUUAAUAACUAUUAUUAUUACUGUUAUAAAAAGAUGCCUCUUCUGUUUGUUUGUCUGCUCUCUUGAGACUGGUCAUGUCAACA